GUUUGAUAUUUUUUUACAUUUAACCUCUCUUCAAAAAAUUUAAUUUUGACUUUUUUUCAGAUUUUUUUUUUGACAUUUCGUUUAAUUUUUCAGAUUUUUUUUGUUUGGUUUUCCAGAUCGAGCUUCGCCGCACGCCCCCGUCGCUCCCUGGCGCCGCCCCCCGCACGCCCACGUCGCUCCCUGGUGUGUGCACUUAAACGAGGAGUUAGUUGAACGAUGGAACAUGGCUCUAUAAUUGGUUCCUCAGUUUCAAUGUCUAAUCUUGAUGUUAGAGAUGAGGUGAAUGAGGAAAUUGGAAAAAUAGUUGCUAACGAUCAUACAUCGAAUGUGAGCAAAUACCCCGUCGAUGAGAUACGUGUUGGUUUAGAAUUCACUUGUAUAGAGGAUGCAAAAAAGUUUUAUAAUGAUUAUGCUUUUAAAAUGGGAUUUAGUAUAAGAAAGCAAACUCAUUAUAAGGCAAGAAAACAGGAUGAUGCCAUCACAUCUAUAACCUAUUGUUGCUCCAAAGCCGGUAAUUCUAAACCUACAUCUCAAGAGAAGAGUGAACAGCAAAAUUCUCAAGGUACCCAUACACCCCAAAAGGAUUUUCCCAACAGACGAACUAAUUGUAAAGCGCAUAUUGUAUUGAAAAUAGAUGAUCGAGGGAAGUGGGUGAUAACGGUGUUUGCUAACGAACAUAAUCAUGAGUUGAUAGCUAGUCCCUCUAAAACUCGUUUUUUUCGAUCACAUCGUAACAUCACAAAGGAGCAAAAAGAUUUGAUUCAUAUGUUAAAUGAACAAAAUAUCUCUGCUUCACAAAUUAUGUCGUUUUUGGAAGUGAAAGAAGGAGGAAGACAUAAUACUCAGUUCAUUCGCAAGGAUUUGAGUAACGAGGUUGUCGAAAAGAAUAGAAAACUUAUUGGAAUAGAUGUGGCAAGUGCUCUUAAUUACUUUCGUAAGCUCCAAAGAAAGGACCCCUUAUUUUUUUAUGCUGUUGAUGUUGACGACCAAGAAAGAGCACGGAAUAUAUUUUGGGUAGAUGGAAGAUCUAGGAUGGCAUAUGAGCACUUUGGUGAUGUUAUCACUUUCGACACAACUUAUAUGACGAACAAUUAUAGUAUACCAUUUACUCCCUUUAUAGGGGUUAAUCAUCAUUUUCAGUCAAUUUUUUUUGGGUGUGCUCUUAUUAGGGAUGAGACUGCUAAUACAUUUUGUUGGUUGUUUGAAACAUGGAUAAAGGCCAUGUAUGGUAAACACCCGAAAGCUAUUAUUACUGACCAAGAUCCUGCUAUGAAGAAAGCUAUUGAGAUAGUCUUUCCAACUACUGUUCAUAGGUGUUGUCAAUGGCAUGUUAUGAGAAAAGCAAAAGAACAUUUCAAUGUGUUAUAUAGCUCCAAAGAUGGCUUUGAAAAUAAUUUAAAGGAAUGCAUAAAUAAUAGCUUAACUAUGGAGGAAUUUGAGAAUGCAUGGGCAAUAAUGCUUGAUAAGUAUCAAUUGCAUGAAAAUAACCACCUUCGAUUGUUAUGGAAUAUUCGGCAUCAAUGGGUUCCCGUGUAUUUUCGUGAUACUUUUUUUGCGAAUAUGUCCACUUCACAGCGUAGUGAAAGUAUGAAUGCUGUAGCAAAAAUAUGGUUGGAUUCACAUACAUCAAUAUUUAAAUUUGUCACUCAGUUUGAAAAAAUGUCAAACAACCAAUAUGAGCGAGAAGACAUGGAGGAUUUUAUGACAAAGGAUGAAGAGCCUACUUUAUGGUCAGAUGAUCCAAUUGAGAAAGAUGCACGGUCCAUAUAUACAAGGACAAUUUUUUCAGAAUUUAAGGCUCAACUAAGGGCUACAACAGGUUAUAAGUUGGUUGAAUUAGAAAAAGACAAGUUGUACAAGAUUAGUUCGAUUUCACAACCUUCGACGUCAAGACAACGAAUGUGCACAUAUACUAUCACAGUUGUAAGGUCCGAAGAUAUAGUAUCUUGUACUUGUAAGUUGUUUGAAUUUUACGGUCUCCUAUGUGCUCAUGCACUUAAAGUGAUGCAUCAUAUUGAAGUGUAUAGUAUCCCUCCUAGGUAUGUUAUAAAAAGGUGGAUUAAGAAUGCCAAAAAAGGAACAUCCACUAAUUCUCUAGAAAUGAGUGAUGGGUCCUUAUUUUGUCGGUCUUGAAGAUUUGAUUCACUUGCAUUGGAGGCACAAAAAUUUAUCUUUGAAGGAUCUAAAAGUCUUAAGGCAUAUGAAAAUGCAUGUCGAAUAAUUAGAGAAGGAGUGGAUGUGCUAACAUCAAUUAAUCAAAUAAUAAAAAUUGAGGAAGGAAGAAAUGAGGAGACUUCAAAUGAUCUUCGUAGGACCCUAAUUUCACAAUCAAGUCUUAACCAAUGCACGAUUAAAGAUCCCCCUCACUCACAAUGUAAAGGACGAAGAAGACCCCAAAGGAUUAAGCCACCCGUCGAAAAGAAAGCAAGGAUGUCAAGAACUUGCAAGCAAUGUGGUAAAAAGGAACACAAUAUUAGGACAUGCAAAGAGGUUGUUGAUAGAGCAUUGUCUAUUGAAGAAAAUUCUAGUGAGAGUUUUCAAGCAACCGAUGAAGAGUCUUGAAAGCAUAAUAGAAGAUUAUAUGAAGAAAGAGAUUUUGUAUUGUAGAAGGUUUGUUUGUGCAUGUAUGUUUUGGAUUAUUAUGUAUGAUCAUAUUGUCAUUUCUUAUUUGGUGGCAUACAUUGUAACUUUUGUACUAGAGAAGUUUUGUUUGUGCAUGUAUGUUAUGGAUUAUUGUGCCUGGCCUUUCUUGAUUUUUUGGAAGGUAUUACUUUGUGCUCAUCAUCUUUAUUUAGCAUUUGAAUAAGUUUGCAAU